CUGGAAAUUCAAUUAGAUGAAGCCAUCGCUCAAACCAAACCCUAGCUAUAUAUAUUCCCUCCCUCUUCUCCCCUGUCUCUUCGCCACUCUCUUCGCAGAAACCCUACCGCGAAUAUCCAGAUCGCAAUCCAGCGAAAAUGAAGGUAGUCGCCGCUUACUUGCUCGCUGUUUUGGGUGGCAAUUCUUCCCCCUCCGCCGAUGAUCUCAAAAACAUCCUUGGCUCAGUUGGAAUUGAGAUUGAAGAUGAGUUGAUUGAGUUGCUCUUGAAAGAAGUCAAGGGCAAGGACUUCGCCGAGCUGAUUGCCAGUGGUAGAGAAAAGUUGUCUGCUGUGCCUUCCGGUGGUAUUGCUGUUUCUGUUGCUGCUGUAUCUGGAGGAGGUGCUGCAGCUGGUGGCGCGGCUCCUGCUGCUGAAGCAAAGGAGGAAAAGAAGGAAGUAGAGAAGGAAGAGUCUGAUGAUGAUAUGGGUUUCAGUUUAUUCGACUAAAAGGUGUGAAGUGCUUUAUGUGUUGGACAUUUGCUGUUUCUUUUACAGUUUUAAAAGAAUCACAAGGUUUUGUUACUUGAGUAGUCACAUCUUGUAUUAGGUUUUUGCUCUUUCAAUUGAGACAAUGUAAUGGAUCCAACUGUCUGAUAUAAUUCAGUCAUGCUUUUAAAUUUGAUUGACUUGGCUCUAUGCAUUUCAUUUUGCUAGUCCAAGACUAGUUUGGAAUUA